CAGCAUCCCUGCAGCAUCAGCCAUGCUGGCCUUGGCUUUCAUGUGCCAGACAGUCGCCCUGGCAGGCUCUCAGGGCUUAUCCCAGCAGGAGGCCAUCUGGGACUAUGAGACCAGCUCCACUGUUCCUGCAGCACCGCAGGGGACAGAGAGAAGGUUUAAUCAACUUGAACAAAAACACAAGGAGGAAGGAAGCCCUGUAUCAAGGCUUCACAAGCCAGCUGCGGCCUGUGGACAGGCACCCCAUGCCAGGCCCAGAUGGCAGAUGACCUUCACUGACUGAGUGCAGAAGACCUGAGGACUUCUCCUUCCCAUGGGGGGGGUGGCCAAAAGGUCCAGGUACCCCAGGAGGAGGGAUGAGGAACCCAGACCCGGCAGGAGGAUCAGCAGGAGGCGGGGUGCUGCUUGCCUGCCUGAGAAAGGCCCAAGAAUGUCCUUAUUCCAAGCAUCAGAGAACCAGACCUCUUUCGGGGAUGAAGAUGACUACAACAGCUGGUACAUUAACGAGCCCCCGGUGGGCAAGGAGCUCCAGACAGAGGGGGAAGUGCCCUCCUGCCAGCCCAGUGUGCCACCUUCCCUGUGCCAUGCCUGUCUGGCUGUGUUGUCGAUGCUCGUCCUGCUGCUGCUGUCCUGGCUGCUGUUGCAUCGACGGCUCCAGCCCGGACAUGGGCGAGGAGGGCCUGCUCUGCCCAGCCCUGUGGAUUUCCUGGCUGGGCACAGACCUUGGGCCGUGCCUGCUGCUGUCUUCAUGGUCCUCUUCAGCGCCCUGUGCCUUCUACUGCCCAGCGAAGACCCACUGCCCUUCCUGCCCCUCACCUAUACACCUGGCCCAGGGCCCUGGAAGAUGCUGGCCCUGUUCUACUACCCCGUUCUGUACUACCCUUUGGCUGCCUGUGCCACAGCCAGGCACAGAGUUGCAUACCUGCUGGGGAGCGUGCUGUCCUGGGCCCAUUUGGGCGUCCAUGUCUGGCAGGGAGCUGAGUGUCCCCAGGCACCCAAGAUCUACAAAUACUACUCCCUCUUGGCUUCCCUGCCUCUCCUGCUGGGCCUCGGCUUCCUGAGCCUCUGGUACCCAGUGCAGCUGGUGCAGAGCUUCAGCCACAGAACAAGCGCAGGCUCUGAGGGGCUGUGGAGCAGUGACUCUGAGGAAUACCUGAGAAGCCUCCUGUGCCGGAAGCAGCCAGGAGGCCGCAGCUCCUGCCACUCUGCCAAGCAGAGCUUCCUGUCCCGGGCCUGGGACUGCUCCCGACGCUGCCUCUACACCCCACAGCCGGGAUUCCGCCUUCCCUUGAAGCUGGUGAUCUCAGCCACCCUGACAGGGACUGCCACUUACCAGGUGGCCCUGCUGCUGCUGGCAAGUGUGGUGCCCACUCUGCAGAAGGUGCGGGCAGACAUUACCACAGACGUAUCCUACUUGCUGACUGGCUUUGGGGUCGUGCUGUCCGAGGACAAACAGGAGGUGGUGGAGCUGGUGCGGCACCAUCUGUGGGCACUGGAAGUGUGCUAUGUCUCCGCCCUGACCCUGUCCUGCUUAUGCACCAUCCUGCUGUUGGUCCGCUCACUGGCCACACACAGGGCCAACCUUCAAGCUCUGUACCGAGGGGCCACGCUGGACCUAGGUCCCCCAGCACGGAGCAUUCACCCAUCCCGAAAAGCCAUAUUCUGCUGGAUGAGCUUCUGUGCCUACCAGGCUGCCUUCACCUGCUUUGGAUUCCUGAUACAACAAAUUGUCUUCUUCCUGGGGACCACGAUCCUCACCUUCCUGGUGUUCAUGCCUGUGCUUCACGGCAAAAACCUCCUGCUCCUGCGGUCCCUGGAGUCUUCCUGGCCCUUCUGGCUCAUCUUGGUCCUGGCUGGGGCUCUGCAGAAUGCAGCAGCCCGUUGGGUUUUCCUGGAUACUCAGCAUGGGCACCCUGAGGUGACCAACAGGCGAGUGCUCUACGCAGCCACCUUUCUUCUCUUCCCUAUCAAUGUGCUGGUGGGUGCGGUGGUGGCCACCUGGAGAGUGCUGCUGUCUGCCCUCUACAACAUGGUCCACCUCAGCCAGAUGGACUUCAGCCUGCUGCCCCCAAGAGCUGCCACUCUGGACCCUGCCUACGACACAUAUCAAAACUUCCUGAAGCUGGAGGUCAGCGAGUCACACCCCGCCGUGACAGCCUUCAGUGCCCUGCUCCUGGGAGCACGGAGGUCCCCAGCCCAGGCUCGAUCCCCAGCAGCUGCCCAGAGCAGCCUCAAGCCAGGGGAGGAGGAAGAAGGGAUGCAGUUGCUGCAGACAAAGGGUUCCAUGGCCAAGGCGGCAGGGCUCCGUGCUGGCCGGAGCUGUGCCCGCUGGGGCAUAGCCUACACCCUGCUGCAUAACCCGGCCCUGAAGGCUGCCCGGAAGGCAGCCCUGGCUGGAGCCCAGGCCAGCAACGCCCGGCGCUGAGGGCCACCUGACCCUGCACCCCCUGGCUCUCCCGCCCCACCCCAGGUGGGUAGCCCCUCCUUUUAGCAGCCAGGCCAGCGAUCCCAUCCUGGGGAUCAUGGGUCCUGGGACCAGCGAGGGAUGGGAGUGAUUGGGGUUGGAUGGCCCUAGGAGUACCAGCCCAGGUAUUGAGGAUGGGUGGGGCGCUCAGCUUUGGAACUGGCAGGAUGGGGGCUAUGUGCCUGUCUGUAUCCCCUGCCCAGCAGGGACCCCUGAGGCCACUUGACAGGGCUGGUGAUCGGGGUCAGAACAGCCCAGCCCCACCUUCCAGCCGAGCCUCAGCCAUGGCUUCCCCCUUCUGUUUCCCCUCCCUACCCAGCCCUCCCCUCUCCUUCCUGGGGCUGGUGGAUCCUCUCCUUGGGUCACCAAGGCAACCCAGGAGGAAGACCUGGGCUCCGGCCCCAACAGCAGAAUCACAACUUGAACCAGGCUCUGUGCUGAGCUGCCUGCUCUUGGGACCCAGGUGCUUGUAGUUGCUUUGCCUGGGGGAUGAGGAGAGAGCUGAGCGUGGUCCUGGUAAUAAAGCUGUCCCCAAGAA